AACAAAGACAUCUCGAUCGCCCCCUGGCGUCGGGAUCCAGUACAGGUCCAGAUCGCUUCACGCGAUUCGUUCAGGUGGGUGUAUAGGCGGGAACUUGAUACCGCGGCUAUACAUCCCGAUCGAUACUGCGCAGUCGCCGGCUCCCGAUGAUCAUCAGCGCAAGAUGGCCGCGUUCAUGUCAUGGAUUUUAUGACUUCGCUUUAAACAGUGUGAGGAAGUGCAGGCGGGACGUCCAUUUUUAAAUGUGUCAGUGCUGCUAGCAUGACUGUAGCUUCCUGUCACUUUUAGUUUGGGGAACAUGUUGGAGAAACAUGUUUAUCUGAGACUAAUUGUGAUUCUGACCAGCCAUUUUGCUCAGUCCUGUUCACGAGCAGCUUCAUGGGGUAGUUUAUGUCAAGUCGAGUACGUUUUCGUGUACUUGGCUAUCAUCUUUCUUUUAUGGAAGUUAGGAUGCUGAAAAUCCACGGUUCCAUUACAGUUAUCUUUCAUUCACAGUUGUUAAGCCAUAGGUCCACCUUUUAGCAGCCUGCAACUGGAAGUGAAUAUGUUUUAUUGAAGUACGCCAGGCUUCGCUGUAUUUUUGCUAUUUAUAACCACCACCACUGCUGAUAAUGAACAGGUACAUGUCGACAGUGGGCUUGAAUUUCAGAUUCCAUUUUAAAAUUCUACCGCAAGUGCACUUUCGGGGAGAUUUCUGCUCUGGCCUGAGAUGACAAAAAUGAUGACAAAGAUAUCCACAGGCACACAUCCACCUGUCUUGUCGGUACUCGGAAGGCCCUUGCUUACUGUCCUUAUAAUAAUCCCCCCGCCCCCCGGCUCUCUGCCUCCCCACCACCCUCCAUCGCCUGUGUUUCGGUGUCGGGCAGGGAGAUGUGCUGCUCCGAGCCGCGCUCAGAGUCUGUCGCCUCAUAUUGAAUUUCAGCGCGGCAGCAGUCGGGUUUCUCUCCGGGAGAUCAGGUUUAAAACGCGCCCGCUGCCUCCCGCUCCGCUCCCCGUCCUCCUCUCCCUCCCUCGGCGCUCUCCUCCCGUCCACAGAGCCUCACUUUGAGAGGAAGUUUUCCCCGGCAGAGCUGGUCCGCUGCUCGCGUUGCGCCCGGAGAGUCGGAGGCAUGAAGCGGCAUUAGGAGCAAAUAAAGGAGAAAGAAGGACGCGGCGAGGGGAGUAAAACACUGACAGGACGCGAUCAGGGACGACGUUCAAGGGAGCCUGGGUGCCACAGUGGAACCUCCUCCUUCACAGAGCUUUUCUCCUCUGGAUGUUAUGGCUGAAAUGCUGAAUCAGCCGGGCCUGCUGACUAUGCCCCGGAGCCCCACGUCCAGUGAGGAUGAGAUGGCCCAGAGCUUUUCCGACUACUCAGACGACUGUGCCUCCGACAGCUCCCGCGAAGAGACCAUUUACGAGACCAUAAGGGCCACCGCCGAGCCAUCCAAGAGCCGCAUGGACGACAUUCACAUCAACUCGCUGGUCGUCCGCGUCCUCAUCCCCGACCUGCAGCAGACGAAAUGCAUGCGGUUCAACCCGGACGCGACCGUCUGGGUUGCCAAGCAGCGGAUCCUGUGCACGCUUAACCAGAGCCUCAAAGACGUCCUCAACUAUGGGCUUUUCCAGCCAGCGAGCAAUGGGAGGGACGGCAAGUUCCUGGAUGAAGAGCGCAUACUACGAGAGUACCCGCAGCCAAUCAGCAAGGGUGUCCCGUCACUGGAGUUCCGCUACAAGAGCAGAGUGUACAGGCAGCCCAACGUGGACGAGAAGCAGAUUGCCAAACUUCAUACGAAGGCCAAUCUGAGGAAGUUCAUGGACCUCAUACAGCACAAUCAGGUGGACAAAGUGUCCAAGUUGUUGGACCGAGGCUUCGAUCCCAACUACCACGACAGCGAGACUGGUGAGAGCCCGCUGACGUUUGCAGCUCACCUGGACAACACGGUGGACAUCAUCAAGGUCCUGAGGAACGGAGGAGCUCACCUGGACUUCAGAGCCAAAGACGGCAUGACGGCCCUCCACAAAGCCGCACGCUCCAAGAACCUGGUCACGCUGACGACGCUGCUGGAGCUGGGAGCUUCACCAGACUACAAGGACAGUCGUGGUCUGACUCCUCUGUACCACAGUGUGGUGGUGGGAGGCGACCCGGGCUGCUGCGAGCUCCUGCUGAACCACCACGCCUCCGUCUGCUGCCAGGACGAGAACGGCUGGCACGAGGUUCACCAGGCUUGUCGUCAUGGCCACGUGCAGCACCUGGAGCAUCUGCUGUUCUAUGGAGCAGACAUGAGUGCCCAGAACGCCUCAGGAAACACUGCGCUGCACAUCUGUGCCCUGUACAACCAGGAUAACUGUGCCAGAGUGCUGCUUGUUCGUGGAGCUGACAAAGAAGUGAAGAACUACAACAGCCAGAGUCCAUUUCAGGUUGCCAUUAUCGCUGGGAACUUUGAGCUUGCGGAGCUCAUCAAGAACCACAAAGAGACAGAUAUAGUGCCUUUCCGCGAGGCUCCAGCCUACUCCAAACGCCGCCGGGGUCCGUCGUCUGGCAGCGGAAACGACCAGUCCCCAUCCUCAUUAUCAGCGCCACGGGUCCUCCUGCGCUCCAACAGCGACAACAACCUGACAGUCAGCCAGUACCAGCAGCAGCACGGUUCUCCUGGCAACUGGGCCCCCAGUCUUCAGCAGCAGCACGCCCAGCCCCACCCGCACAGGGGCCCCCAGCAGGGUCACUCGCAGCCUGGCUCCUCAGCAUUGCAUCGCAGCCUGUCACCCCAGCUGCUCCAGCAGAUGCCCAGCGGCAGCCCCAAUGGCAACGUGGUGGUGCGGACCAUGGGGAGGGGGGCGAGGAGCCGCUCACCCUCCCUCAGCCGGCUGGGGGAGGAGGCCCGACGGGCGCAGCGCCAACCCAGCCCCAGCAGUCACGGCAAUGCCGGCGGCCCCAGGAGGAAGCUGUACAGCGCCGUUCCUGGGAGGCACUUCGUGGUGGUUCGUCCUUACACGGCUCAGGCCGAGGGAGAGAUCAACCUCUACAAGGGCGACAGGGUCAAAGUUCUGAGCAUCGGCGAGGGGGGUUUCUGGGAGGGCAGCGCCCGCGGCCAGGUGGGCUGGUUUCCAGCCGACUGCGUGGAGGAGAUCCCGGCCAAGGCCGCCGACGAGAGGAGCUAUUCCCGAGCUGACCGAGCCGACAGACGGAAGCUCUUCAGGCACUACACUGUGGGCUCCUACGACAGCUUCGAUGCCUCCAGUGACUGCGUGGUGGACGAGAAGACCGUGGUGCUCCAGAAGAAGGAGAACGAGGGCUUUGGCUUCGUCCUGCGGGGGGCAAAAGCGGACACGCCCAUCGAGGAGUUUACUCCCACGCCCGCCUUCCCCGCCCUGCAGUACCUGGAGUCGGUGGACGAGGGAGGAGUGGCAUGGCAGGCGGGGCUCCGGACGGGCGACUUCCUCAUCGAGGUAAACCAGGAGAACGUGGUGAAGGUGGGCCACAGACAGGUGGUCAACAUGAUCCGCCAGGGAGGCAACCGGCUCCUGAUCAAGGUGGUGACGGUGAGCCGGAAUCUGGACCCCGAGGACACAGCACGCAAAAAAGCUCCUCCACCUCCAAAGCGAGCCCCCACCACGGCCCUGUCCAUGCGCUCCAAGUCCAUGACCUCCGAGCUGGAGGAACUCGUGGACAAAGCAACUCUAAGGAAAAAGAAAGGUGACAAAGUGGAAGAGAUGACACACGCCCAGAAGAGCUCGCCUGUCGACAUGAAGAUCGCCACAAUCAAGCCACGCCCAUCCAGUCGCUGUUUGGUUAGCCCAGCUGAUAUGAAUUCCAUGUAUCAAGACCGCCAGGGAGUAGCAGUGGUGCCACCCACUGUGCCAGGGGCCUUCCUGGGGAUACCGGAGAAGGGCACUAUGAAAAAGCAAAAGUCCAUAGGUACAACAGAGGAUGAGAAACAGGGAUUCCUCACACCUCCCUUACUCAAGUUCUCCCGAAGCCUUUCUAUGCCCGACACCUCAGAGGACAUCCCUCCUCCUCCGGCCAUUUCGCCCCCGUCACCACCUGCCUACAACUCAGCUGCUGGAUCUACACCCAAGAGCUACGGCACCACGCGGCCCAGCUUCACCCAGAACUCACCCAAUGCAGUGACGACCAUUAGCCGAACCACUGACGUUGGUACGUUAAGGCGGGGCUAUUUCAGGCAGAGCUCAGAGCAGUUUGAGAGCACACGCACUCGAGGACGUACGCCAGUCCCGGAGAACCCUUACUCCGAGGUGGGCAAUAAGACUCUGUAUGUGCCAGCUAAACCAGCUCGAAGGAAGGGCAUGCUUGUAAAGCAGUCCAAUGUCGAGGACAGUCCUGAGAAAACAUGUCACAUGCCAGCGAGUCCCUCGGGCCCGGUUUCCAUGCCUACUACACCCGUAGAACGAACGUGCUCCUCUAUCCCCAUCCCCACUAUCAUCGUUAAGGAGCCCUCAACCAGCAGCAGUGGCAAGAGCAGCCAGGGCAGCAGUAUGGAGAUCGAGCCCACCACCCCUGAACACCCACCUCUCACGCCCACUGUUGGUGGAAGCGGAGGUUUGCGUCCUGAAGACCCUCUGUCUAUGAGUAACCCCUUUGCAGCAGCUAUUGCCGGGGCAGUACGCGACCGGGAGAAGAGGCUAGAGGCAAAAAAGAACUCAAUUGCUUUCCAGUCAAUAGACAUUGGAGAUGAUGACUUCAGUAGUCCCACACCAACCCCUCGCCUUCGCCAGUCAAAGUCCAUCGACGAAGGUAUGUUCAGUAGCGACGACCGGCUUCGGAGGAUAUUGGCUCCCCCUCCUGCAGCGCAGCUUGGGCCUCCUGUUGGGGGUGGUAGUGGCAACAUGACAGAUUUCAACACUCCUGAGCCCACAGUGGUGCGGGAACCUCUGAACACGAGAACAGGCCAGUGUCCCAACCUGGACAGUCCCGUUAGUCUCCCAGCCACUCCUCCUAAGAGCCACUACAGGGCCAAUGGAACCUACCUCCACCCUGUCACCGGCAAGCCCUUAGACCCUAAUUCUCCACUCGCUCUGGCCCUGGCAGCUCGUGACCGGGCCAUGAAAGAACAACAAAACCAUCCUCAGAAUCAGCCACAAAAUCCUCCUCAGGUUCAGCAAACCCCCAAGCAUGAAGCCCAGUCCCUCCCAGUACAGCCAAGCCACAAAACAGACCUCAACCAGCCGCUGUUUAUUGACACCAAACUACGCUCUGGGAUCGAGACGAGUUUUGCAGCAAUCUCCUCCGCAACAAUGGGGCGGCCAGGCCGAGGUGGCCUGCGGAGGCAGAUGACAGAGCAAAAGUAUGAGUCUGAUGGGGCACGGGAAGAACGGCAGCAUCAGGCUGCUGAAGAGAGAAAAAGCGCACCGGCGGAUGUGGCAGACGCAUCGCAGCCCAAGUCAGCCGGACUGCUGAUGGUCCACACCAGCACGGACGCAAGCAACAAGGUGAACAACCAAGAGUUGGAGGGGCAGGACAGCAACAAGCCAUCUGAGCUGAAGGACCCCAACCAACCCAAUCCUCUCAAAGCUCCAAUGCUGUCCAUCAAUCCCCAGCCACCCACAUCACGGAGAAGGAGCAUACCCUUAGGCGAUUCCAUGGAUGAACCAGUAAAGCUGCCUUUCCGCAUCCCCCCUCCCCCUCUGGCAUCGGUUGACAUUGAUGAGGAAUUUGACUUCUCAGAGCCCCUCCCCCCACCACUUGAGUUUGCCAACAGUAUUGAUAUUCCUGAUGACCAGGCUAGUGCCAUUGCUGAGAUGCUUCAGCAACAGAGACGGAAUGGGGGACCUCCUCUACCCCCAUACCACGCUCACGCCCCACCACCUGUCACUGAUCAACACAAAAGAGUGACAAACAACAUGCCGCCCUCAUACCCUCCUCCUCCACCCGACCCAGAGUCAGGGGUAGCUGACUCUGGCAUCGAAGAGGUAGACAGCCGCAGCAGCGGGGAUCCACAACAUAUGGAGACCACCAGCACCGUUUCCAGUAUCUCCACCCUGUCUUCAGAGGGAGGCUUCUGUGACAGCACUCUGGAAAGCCUCUACGCCACCGCAGACGGACAUGCCUUCCUGGUGGAUCGGCCCCCUGUGCCACCUAAACCGAAGGGCAAGUCUGUCAUCAACAGAACAUCACUUUAUCAUGACGCUCUCAUUGAAGAGCCUCCAGAGUCUUAUGGGUCACCGCCUCAGGCCCCUCCCCCUCCCCCUUCAUCGUCUGAACCUCCUAGGACUCCUACUCAAAGGACAUCCAAACUGUGGGGCGAUCAGGCCCCCGAGCUGCGCAGCCCCCCAUCCACCCCAGACACCAAGAACACCGUUAUCACCGAGCUGAGCUCCAUUCUGCAGCAAAUGAAUCGCGACAGGCCAGCUAAGACAGGAGAAAGCCUUGAUUCCCCUACAGGGACCAGGGGGGCGUUUGGAACAAGGCCUCCCACAGAAGACUCAGGAAUGCGGAACAACCCUGCCGCCGCUGCCGCCCUCACCUCCACCCCUCCCAGCAGCCUCCCAUCCCAGACGCAUCCCUGCAGCCCGCCAGACUCCGCCUCCUCCCUCACCCCCUGCUCCUCACUGCCGCCCUCCGUGUCGCCCACCCUCACCGACGUGUUCGGCCUGCCCACGCCGCCCAUGGGCAGCGGCGGCGGUUACAGCCUGAGCUCCUCGUGCGGAGGCAGCGGGAGCUCGCGCUCCCCGUCUCCGCUCACGCUGAUGCAGGCGGUGGCGGCCUCGGGCAAACCUUUCGCCUCCAAACCCAUGGAGCUGUGGAGCAAGCAUGACGUGGCAGACUGGCUAGAAAGCCUCAACCUGGGGGAGCACAGAGACGCUUUCCUGGACAAUGAGAUCGAGGGCGCCCACCUGCCCUCGCUGCAAAAAGAGGACCUGAUAGACCUGGGCGUGACGAGGGUGGGCCACCGCAUGAACAUCGAGAGAGCCCUCAAGCUGCUGCAGGACAGAUAAGCCCCGAAGAGACGGGGCGGCGACUUGCGGAGUCGGGGCUGAGGAGAGGGAGGCGUCACCGAUCACUUUUACCAACCCCUUCAUCAGACAUAACCUCAAGUCGUUGAACUGGGUAGAAGUUUUGUCCAAGCUGAUGCUGCCUCUUGCUAUUUUUGUCCUCUCUCAUCCACUGUCGCCCUCAUCUCAGUGCUCCGGUCUUGUCCGCCCUCUUCCUCCUUCCCGCCGCCCUGAGCAUCAGGGAAUCAUGGGAUGUCAGGCGGAACUGCAGGGGGAGAAAGAAGAGCUGCUAUGUCACAUGAAGGAGAGAGAAAUCAGAGGAGGCCAGUAUGAAGGACUGAGCUGAAAACAAAAAACUCUGGACGAGUGUGUACUUGGAAGUCUGGAAGUUUAUUUCACACACAGACUCGUGCUCACCCAGCUGCUUUGGAAUACUACUGACUUUUUCCAUACACCCGGUGUGGGUGCAUGAAAACCAGCUGAGCUGGUCGUUGCUCCUUUUCUAUCUUUGCUAGAGUUUGUUCAGAGAAUAAUAUUUCUUCACUAGAGUCCUACCGGAGUUAUAUUUCUGGGUGCAUCUGAGGUUGUAGAGAAAAAAUUUGAGAUAGACGUUUUUUUGGGUUUUUUUGCUUUUCACCUGUUUGUGUCCACACAAGAACGACAUGUCUAAACACCUGACCGUAUCUCAUGUGCGCACACACACACAUACACACACACUUUGUGCACAGACAGAUCCUGAGCACGUAUACACACACCGAUACUGCGAUGGCCUUCUUCUCCUCAGAGAGAGCAAAGCGUGGAGAGAGGUGGUCACCAGAGGAGGAGCUCUGCUGUGGCAGGGGCCCCGGGGCCCCUCGCCAGGCUACACCCACCCAGUGUCCACCUCAUCGUAAAGGAAAACAGAGGCGAGGACACAAGGUACAAGACGGUCAGGCAAACACUGGACCAGGGAUUGUUCUCACCCUGAAAUGGUUUUACCAGCUUGUCUGUCUGCAAAGGGCGUCUUUGUUCCUCUUGGCUUUUCCUUUGAGUGUUUUGUUUGUGUGUGUGUGUGUGUGAGAGAGAGAGUGAAUGGUUGGCCCAAAAUAUCAUCAAGGCAUCAUCAGUUUAGCCACUUCCAUGAAUCCACAGUUUAGGUAAACCAGAGCUUCUUUACUUUUUUCCUUUGCUUUUUGUCAUUAUGUGAAAUCUCCUUCCACUUUACCAUCAGCAGGUGAACACGUGGUCUUCAUGUGGCCUUCAUGUGGUCUUCAUGUGGCCUUCAUGUGGUCUUCAUGUGGCCUUCAUGUGGUCUUCAUGUGGCCUUCAUGUGGUCUUCAUGUGGUCUUCAUGUGGUCUUCAUGUGGCCUUCAUGUGGUCUUCAUGUGGUCUUCAUGUGGCCUUCAUGUGGUCUUCAUGUGGCCUUCAUGUGGCCCACAGUGAGGCUGAUGUGUCCCCGUGUGAAGAAGUUCAGUUCUUUUUAGAGAGAGCAUUACGAGCUAUGUUUAUAGAAAUAGUGUGAGAUUUUGGCAAAUAAACUAGUUGGUUAGAAGGUCGAUGCCAGUCUUAUGUCUGUAUGCUAAAUAUGAAGCUGAAGCUAGGAAACAGUUAGCUUAGCAUCAAUACUGGAAGCAGGGGGAAACCAAAAGGGGGACGCUGCUAAUGUUUACAUGCCUUCCUGUCCAAGCAGGGACCUCUUGUUAAUGAGCAGAUGUAUGUUUCCUUCUGCAGAGUGAUAUGGUGAAGUUCAGUAGAACGUAAAUAGCAAAGUGUUGUCUAGUUCUGUUCAAGAGAAGGCAGACGGCGCUACAGCCAACAACCUGACAGUUCACAGUAGAAAAAUCCAGACGGAUCAACAACACCAGGAGAAAGAAGAAAAGUAUUUAGUUUUGUUUUUGGGGUGAACUGUCUCUUUAACUUUUCAUCUCGUGCAUUCAUCAGGUCAAAAUUGUCAUUAUCGGAAAAUAAGAGCAGGCUAACAAACCAGCUAAAUAUUAUGUUUGCUAAAACAUCAGCAUGUUAGCGUUGUCAUUGUGAGCGUGUUUGAGUAUGUUAGCAUUUAGCUCAAAGCAUCGCGGUGACUAGUACAGACUCACAGCAUGGCUGUUUUCCCUGCUUCCAGAAUUGAUGCUAAGCUAGGCUAAUUGUCUCCUUGCUAUAGAUGUUCUCAUCAAUCUCUCAGCAAGAAAAAUUAUGUUGAACUAUUUAAGGUUGUCACUUGAAAAUAUUUUAUUGAAUUUGAAUGAAGUGUUGAAACCCCUUGGAGCCCUUUUUAAGCUGUCAGCAGUGUUAAAGAAGACACAUUAAAAGCAACCUCACAUUCAAGAGCUAAAACCCAUAGGUUGAUACUGAAAGAGCUGAAACUCAAGUUUUGCGAGAGAAAUUACGUAUUUUCUACUUAGCUAAACGACUACCAGGACGUUUUGUACAUCCUGUUCCUCGCUAAUAACAAACAGAGCAAGGAAAUUCAAUGGGAGGUUCGUUAGCACUGGACUAACUCAACCUCAAAUCCAACCAGAUCCAGAGUGAACCAGACGGCAUCCCGGACUGCAGCAGCUCACAUUUUUGUGUGUUGGAGCGCAGAGUCAAAGGGAAGGUACCAUUUUAGACCAAAACAGCCUUUAGAAGGUUUCUUGUUGUGAAGGAGGCUGGGGAGGCCACACUGUGCUAACGAAGCUGUGGCAGCCCCCACAGUCCCCUCUGUGUCGAUCAACAGGAUCUUGUCUUCUAAUCGUACAUAUCAGCAGGUUAAUACUUCGUAGAGAGACUUCAGCCGGAUGACAUGAAAUCUGGCCGAACUGUCGGCUUUUAGAGCAGAUGGAGAAUGCGUGGCUUCAGGGUUUUAUGUUGAAUUACGUGUUCACGUAAGUCCUCACGCCUCGUCCUGCCCUCUAACCACUGUGCAAAAAACAAGCAGAGAACAACCUGACAAAGCCGGCAGAUGUUCAUCAGUGUGAGCCCCGUGUGAGAUUAGAAAGGGAUCGAGACCGUUUCUGAGCUGUCGCAGAUGAACUUCAGUCUCUGCAACUCGACUGGACUGUGAGCGCAUUGUGAUCCGGUCUGAUCCAGUCUGACUGCAGCUGUAAGAGGCAGGACUGUUUCAAGGGUCCUGUUUAAAUCAGCAUUUAUCAAGCUGGAAAUGUAUAUGUGUUUUGCUAGCAAUGAUUACAGGCUGGUCAGAAGUAGAAGUACAGUAUGUGUUGAAAUGUGUGUGUAUAUAAGAGUGUUUAACAGGAUUUAAAAAAAGUAUUUGAUUAUAUGUAUAGCUCUAUUAAAAGGUUAAGAGUAAAAAGGAACACAGAAGUUUUGUGAAGGUUGAAUUAUAGUUGCCAGAGCUACCUGAGGACCAGCACGGUGGUCUCCUUCACCCCCUCAUCCCACAGAGGAUGCCUUAAAUAGCUCACAGCUCCCUUCCACCACCCCCUGCACCGCUGUCGGUCGUACAGCUCGCGUUUUGUCUCGGAGCAGAUUCCUUCAGAGCGCACGUCACGCGUGGUGCGACAUGCGCUCCAGAACGCGACGUGUGGUGUUUUAGAACGACUUUUUCCCCCUCGCCUGGUUUCAUAUCACACUCCACAGCUUCAUGUAGGUGCAGCUUUCGAGGAGACGGAUGAAACAUACACAAGCUCUGUGUUCUGUGAACAUUAGCCGUAUGGAGGCUGGCACGGGACAAUGCUGCUAUAAUCCUGUUCCUGUUUCAACGUCGAACUUAUUUUAAAGCAAACAGUGACGUGUCGGAGGGGGUAGAAAAGCACAGUAUUUUUAAAGAUUUGUAUAGAGUUCUAUGAAAUUUUAUAGAGGUUAUCUGAACAAAAUCUGUUCAACACUGACGAGUGGAUUGCCAAAAACAGAAAUACUAUAUAGAUAAAAUCGUGGCUAUUAUUAGGCUUAUGGGUUAUGUAAGAAGCAAUAUUUAUUCUGAAUGAAUCUCCUUGGUUGUGUUUUAUUUUCUCAUUUUAAAGUCACAUAUCAUGAUGCACAUCACUUGUCAGUGUUUUAAUGAAGUGUUGCCUAAAGCAGAUCCAGUCUCUACUGCAGCGGUACGCUUAGAGGUGCAGUGUGUGGGAUUUAGUGCCAUCUAGUGGUGAGCACACGGCUUUCAACCAACUGAACACCCUCCCCUGCUGUUGCUGCGAGAGCUGUGCGUUGGCGAGUGUCCAGUGAUACGAUCCGUAUUGCAAUACGGCGGUUACAGCUCAAUAUGUUAUUGUGUUCGGGAUAUUUGGCUGCACUUUUGUGCAAUGGGAGGAAGUGAUGUAUAUAUAUACAUAUAUAUAUAUAUAUAUAUAUAUGCCUCAAUACUCAAGUGAGUCAAUAUUUUCUUACCACCAAACACAUGAACGAGCCUCUCUAGAGCCAGUGUUUGGUUUGUCCCUUCCGGGCUACUGUACUGUGCAACAUGGCGGACUCUGUCCCUCUGUAAACAUAAGAAGGCUCGUUCUGAGGUAACGUCGUCACGAUUCUUAUUUUCAGGUGACUAUACACUCAUGAAAACAUAAUUAUGAGUGUUAGGCUCUGCCAGUAGAUUCCAUUAAAUUCCACACGCUGGACCUUUAAGAGAUUUUGGCCAAUCGAGAGACCACAGAACCCAAGUAUCUUCUGACAACCACCAUCUGCCUGACUAUACUUCUCUCAUCUUCUUAAACCCCUGGAGUCUAGAGUGUGUAUAAAAUGCGCAAAAUCUGUACAUUUUUUUAAAAAAAAAUAUUUAUCCGCAGGCCAUCUUGGUAGGAAGCUAUAUGAAACCUAUAUAUAUGUAUACAUACAUAAAUCCACCAAGAACAUUAGUGGUGGCUGUUGAGUCCUUCAUGUGGACCAACAGGUCACCAAGCAGUUUUCUCUGUGGAAAUGUAGAGCUGAGUAGAUGUAGUAGGAAUCUUUAAAGAGCAUCACCAGGCCAUGUUUAGGACAGGCGUGGCUCACUGACCCACUUCCACUCCCCCUCGAAACACUGCUCCCACCUUUAUCAGCAUCUGUCCAACAUCUGGGUAACUGUUUCUUUUUUGCUUUCUUUCUUAAUUAAUUAAUUAAUUUAUUUUUUUCAUUAAUAGAUUUUAUUCUUUGAUUAAGUCUUUCAUAGAGGCUAAGAUGUUUUCGGUAAUUUGUGCAGAGACUUGUGUUCAUGUUUUCUAUGUUGCUGUAAUUUUGUGCUACUGAAUCAUCAUAGAGUCAACUAAUUACUGAAAUGAAAAGAGAGAGAAUUUUCCUGUAACUGCACUCUUCCUUCCCCCCUGCCCCCCCUCAAAUCCUCAAGACUUCUUGUAUGGCAACCAAAAUUCACUGUAAGAAAUAAAUAUAAUAUUGCACUA